AUUUAAGGCCAAUGACGAGGGAAGGGGGGGGGCCCUCAGGUGUCAAGGCUGCCAUGAGACUUUUUUUCUUGUUGCGGGAGAGAUCUUUCGGCUUUGACUUUUACCUCCACUCUCCCGGCUCUUCCUUUUUCUCCAUUCUUCCUCUGCCUGCUCCUCCUCCUCCUCCUCCACCUCCAGUCUACGACCAAGUGCUGCAACUAGCCUGUGCUCCCAAUCUCUCUUCCGUUGCCCCUCACUCGGUUCCUGGAACAUGGAAAAUAGGUUGAUGGUGAGUGGAUUAUGCUGGGUGGCAUGGAUCCACUGACAUACUGGGCGACAAAAGCCGACUGCUGCAGCGGCAUGAACUCACGCCGCCAACGGGCAGAACCCUUUUCCCGCCACUCGCGAAAUCCCCGAGACUCCGACGGCGCGGCUUUAGUCUCUGGCUUAGUCUCUGGCUUAGUCUCUAUUCUUGUUCCUUCUUCCCCACGGGGAGACCUUCUCCGGCGAAGCACUUUCCCCAGCCAC